UUUGAAGAGCAAUUUUUCCGAGAAAAAACCAGCGUGAAAAAUAUUUUUACUCCUUAGUUGACCUAAAAAAAAACAAAAACCAUGGCCGUUCUGGAUCGUUACGAGCUGUCUCUUUGUGCUUUCUAGCACGACCGCCUGCUGUUUUCACGACCAGCUGUUGAAGUAGGUACGACCGAAUUUACGAACCUGAUUGCGCACCAAAGGUUGCGCAGACCCAGCCUGUCAUGGUCGCGGAGCAGGUGGACUUCGGGAAAAAGAUUGCGCUGGUGCAAGAUGAAAUCGGUUUGGUUAAGGAGCAACUCAAAACCGGCGGUAAGCACUUUGGCAUGGAAGGGCAAGUGCUGAGCGACUACCUGCUGCAAUUGACCAAACAGGAAUGCUCACUGCUAGAAAUCGUCGCGCGGGCCAUGGAGGAAGGCGUCGCAUCAUCGACACCGACGAGUGCUAAUGGAGGGACAACAAGCAGACCAGCGCCGCCACCGCCUGCAAUAAAUCACCAGCAGGUAAGUAGGCGCGGCGCAAUUUUUUUGUUGUUGUAGGGUCGUUAUCUUCAUCAAUGUUCAACAUUAACGCACCUCAAGUAAAGAACUUGUUUUGACGGGAAUUCGUGACAGAGCAGCUCCAAAAAUCCUCAGCCGCCUUCUGCUGCUCCUCUUCCACCUGCGACCUACGCACACCCCACCACGAACACGCAGCUGACCGGGGCCAACCGAGGGAAGCCUUUGGAGAACGCCCCCACCUUGGACCGCGAAAGCUCCCUUGAGGCGGUUUUGGCGCAUCUCGACUAUGUCAAGGACGCGUAUUCGUCUGACGUAGACCUGUAUUGUCGCACCGUGUGCAAAGGGUUGAAACUCCUCACGUCGCUGGUCUACAAAACCUCCAACGCCAAGACCGCACUGGAUAAGGGCGUUUUGGCGCUGCUGGAGUGUAUCAUGCGACAGCACGAUAUUGGGGACGGAAGCAUCGCGGGGUUCGUGGCCGGGAGUGUAAUUUGUUGCAUUUGCUUCUGGUUUUGCAUGCUCCGAAUGUUGGGCCCUCGCUCUAAAUAUUGUUUGAUAGGAUAGGUAGCGUCAGUGCGCUGAUGACAGCCUGGUACGAAUCGACGAAUUCAUUAAGAUCGAAAAUUUGCACUUUCAGGUUUGCAACCUCGCUUACGACGUAGAAUCCUGCGAAACGGUAGUGGGAUCGCCACUUGGGAUCACGCUUCUCAUUUCUCUCCUGAACGCCAUGAGCUUAUUUCCGACUCACGCUUACCUCCAUCAAAAGGGCUCCGAAACUUUCGCACGCAUCCUAAUGGAAGGCGUCGCAGAAGGCACCGUUGCGGAAAUGGUGCGCUGGAAUUUUGAAUAUGAUUAACCGCAAUUAUGCUGAUUUUAUGUGCUUGAAGAGAAGCAGCUUUGAAUUUGCUGCUUCUAUCAUUUCUAGAAACCACAGGUCGUGAAAAACGGCGCGACUGCAUCUGCUACUGAAAGUGCCGAUCCGCGGUACCUACCAGCAUCCUGCACGCGCAGUUUUGCUUUUAUUCGUGUCCUCUGCCUCGCCCGUGGGCGCGUCGCAAGCUCCUUGACCAGUUCGGAAAACGCCACGAAGAGCACCACGCCAGCCAUGCAAGAAGAGCAAUUCGCGCACUAUCCUUUAUUGGAAACGCUGAUUCGUAACGAAGCCCUGACGGUGGACGCUUUGGCUGCAGAUGUCGUUGCGAACUUGAGGCAUGCAAGUAAAGAACUUCCCCUCACUUCAUGUUCAUUCUAUUAAUUUUCUCUUGGGUCAGACUGGCUUUGCAUAAUUGCCGCGUGUAAGUAGAAAUUUCUGAAAGUCGCACUCAACUGUAGCUCUUGCGACAGAUAGAGCGCCACUUCCUAUGGAAACAAAACAGCAAGCGAGGGUCGGUGGUUCGAGGCCGUGUUCGUUGGGCUGUGUGGGCUUUCGUCCACCGUGUGCGCGUCUGCGGACUUUGGCAUAGAUUUUUCUUUGCUGUUGCGGAAGCACGGCAUGACGGAGCUAAUGCUGGACACGAUGAAAAAGAAGCCACUUUCGCAGGUGGGUGCGCGGGCUGCGAUCGAGGCCGUGGCUCGGAUCAUCUCCACCAGCAUGGAGGGCUUGCAGCUUUUUGUCAAGCUCGGCGGCGUGCACUGCUUCCAGUCCUUGAUGGACAUGCACCAAGCAGAUAAAAUUUUGCUGGUACGAUGUUGCGCAGUUGAUUCAUUUCAUUUCCUGGGCGGCGUAAUGGAUUUCUUUUGAACUAUCAAACUUUAUUAGCUUUUAUGAUUGUGAUUCAAAUUGAAAUUCAAAUCCAACCAGGCUCGCGCCAUUCGCGCGCUCGCAUCGGGUAUGGACUGGCCAGAGGAAGUACAGGCCGAAGCGAAGUUUGACCACCUCUCCUUGAUACUAAAGACCCACGCCGCCAUGGGAUACCACCUCAGCGAUCCGUGGCUGCUCUGUGCGGGGUUUGAGGGUUUCUACAAGUUUCUCCCCCACAUUAGCCGCGACGAAACGAUGGCGAUCUACAAGGUGGAAGCGAUGGUCAAGGACGUGAUGAGCCGGUAUGCGGACGACGUGAAACUAAAGGCUUGGGGAUCAAGAAUUUUGGAUAUGAUAAAUAUGUGAGGAUUUAUUUUCCUAUCCUUCCUGCCUAGACCGACGAUGUUGAGAAUAGUGCGCAGAUUGAAAUUUUCCUGUGUCGCACGGCUAGACCAAGCGCAACGUAGUUGUACAAGCACAGAUGAGCGUAUAACUCAGAACGUAAUCGGAAAGAAAACAUGCGAAUCCGGUGGCAAUGCGCGCGAUACUUUGCGUAUCUGUGUUUUUCGAGAUGAAGGGUGAACCUAAG